CGUCCUCGCAAUUGGUCUCGCCGCAACGCUGUGCUUCCCCAAGUGGAGCGGUGAAACAAGUCGUCAUCGACAUCAUGUCAGAGCCGGAUCUCGUCGGGGCUUCAGUCGACAGCCCAAACAGCUCCGAUGGCGUGCAUCGACAGGCUGCCAUCCUCGACCGCCAUCUUCCGGAGGGCUAUUCGGCCGAUCCAGAGGUGAGCUUGGCCACCGAACCCGUCGAGGUCGCCGUGGAACCCGUUCUCGCUCCUUCAUCGGCGAGCCAAGAUCAUUUCGAGUCUCCCGCGGCCUCUGCGACAGAAUUGGGUGCUUCCAGCAAUGACAAUGGACAAAAUGGAAGCAGUGAUGCAACACCAACUCUGGAGACGCUAGAGUCCUCGCUGAAGCUCCAAGGUGGCGACAUCCAUCGCGACAUGUUCAAGAUCAAGGCCCGAGCCAGCUCCCUUCGCCGAUCCAACACGUUUUCUCAUCACCCUUCGCCCCACCUGGGCCCGACCGAUGAGUUGACGCAUUCCGAGCAGCUUGAGCCGGGUGGUUUUAGGCGGCAGCACCUGCUUCGCCGAGCUCGACAAAGGCGGCAGAGCGGACUCAUCGUGGCCAAUACCUUUGUCGAUUUCCUCGACCUGUAUGGCAGCUUUGCUGGUGAAGCCCUCGAGGAUACUGACGAAGACGAAGACGAAUCUGCCGUUAUUGAGGGGCCUGAAGAAGCCAUUGAGGAUGAUGAGCAACGUCCGCUGCUGGUGCGGCCCAAGGCCGAUCGCCGGAAGAGCUCCCGACGCCGUGGCCGCGAGGGUGAUGCUAGCACGGUCAAGACCUUCUUCACGCUCAUCAAAGCCUUUAUUGGCACGGGUAUCUUAUUCCUCCCCAAGGCAUUUCGCAAUGGAGGUAUCCUCUUCUCCUCUCUUGCACUGGUUUCUGUAUCAUUGGUCAAUUGCUUUUGCUUCCGCUUGCUGCUUGACUGCCGCCACAAAUAUGGCGGUGGUUAUGGAGAGAUUGGUCAAGCCAUCGUCGGCCCUCGGUUUCGAAGCCUGAUACUUGCAUCAAUUGCCAUCUCUCAGCUCGGAUUCGUCUGCUCGGGCAUCAUAUUUACGGCAGAAAAUCUCUUCUCGUUUCUCGACGCUGUGACUAAGGGUGCCGGUCAUUUUGGAGUGCCAGCUCUAAUUGGACUUCAGUUUCUCCCCCUCAUCCCGCUCGCUUUGAUCCGCAACAUCUCUAAGCUAGGCCCUGUUGCAUUAGUGGCAGACGCCUUCAUUCUUAUUGGACUUGUGUAUAUCUGGUACUACGAUAUUGGAAGUCUAGCCAGGCACGGCAUCGAGCCGAGCGUCAAGUUGUUCAACCCUACCGACUUCCCUCUGACCCUUGGCUCAGCCAUCUUUACGUUUGAGGGGAUUGGCCUAAUUCUUCCGAUCCAGUCAAGCAUGAAGAAGCCACAUCAUUUCAAGGGCCUUCUCUAUUUUGUCAUGUUCCUUAUCACAGCCAUCUUUACGUCGGUUGGAGCACUCUGCUAUGCAACCUUUGGUGAGAAGACCAAGAUUCAGAUCAUCUCAAACUUCCCCCAAGACUCUCCCCUUGUCAAUGCGGUUCAAUUUCUCUACUCGCUGGCGGUGCUAGCAGGUGAGCCUGUGCAGCUGUUUCCUGCGGUGCGUAUCUUGGAGACAUCGAUUUUCGGGGAACGAGCCACCGGCAAGAAGAGCGCGGCAAUCAAGUGGAAGAAGAACGGCCUUCGGACGCUUACCAUUGCCGCCUGUAUCGGCGUUGCGGUGGUCGGUGCAAGUGAUUUGGACAAGUUUGUGGCUCUGACAGGGUCGUUUGCUUGCAUUCCCUUGGUGUACAUGUACCCAGCAUAUUUACAUUAUAAGGGUGUUGCUGAAAGUAAGAGGGAGAAGUGCUUGGAUAUCGUGACAAUGGUUGUUGGAGCUGUUGCCAUGGUCUAUACGACAUCCGUCAUCGUAGCACAGUGGAUUCAAGGUUGAUGAUAUUCAGUAUGUAGAACAGCUCGUAGGCUAUGUAUGACGUGAGCAGCUUGACGGAGUACGGCCCGUCUGAUGUCUGACAUAUCUUCGACUUGGAAUGGACAAACAGUAACUUCAGACGUAUCCAUUUUUUUUUCUUAUG